AUGCUAGGAAGCCUCGGCGGCCGUGAGAGGGGCCUGCCAAAGCGAUAUCUUAAGGAGGUCUCAGCGGCUCUGAGAGGAGCCGGGGAACCCGGAUGUGGCCGGGACGCCUCGGCGACCCUGAGGAAAGCCUGCCAAAGCGGGGUUAGGAGGUACUGGAGUGACGUUAAUCCUCAUUGGAAAAGAGACAAUCAUACCCAAUAUCCACAAAAAGUUAACGUAUGGGCUGGUAUUCUUGAUGGUAGACCAGUUGGCCCUUUCUUCAUUGAAGGUAAUUUGACAGCACAGUUGCGCAAGCAUCUAGAAAAUAGAGAUCCUAGGAUCACUAGCAUAAACUCUAGGGACUCUACUAGUAACUACAGUAACCGAAACUCUGUAGGGUAUCAUGCAGAAGAAUUAAAAGAUAGAAAUGAUUCUUCUAACGAAUCGGAUAUAAGCACAACUCCAGCAGCAGAAACAAAGAAAAUAAAGGUGCAGAAAACAAUUACUUCAUAUGUUUCUAAGAAAAGUUUAUUAUAUAACGAGACUGACGCAAAAAAACAAAACUUGGACAAACUAGUAGCAUUCAUGAUUGCAAAGGAUUUGCAGCCAUUUUCGAUUGUGAAUGACAAAGUAUUUCAGGCUCUAAUUCAUACAUUAGAUCCGAAAUACAAGUUGCCGAAUAAAACAACAUUGCGAAAUAAGAUACUGCAAUCUUUGUUAAUCGAAGUUAAUACCAAGCUACAAGAUAUUCUUAACCAAACAGAAUAUAUAUCAUUUACUACAGAUUUAUGGUCAUCUAUAGUAGGAGAGGGCUAUAUCACAAUCACUUGCCAUUUUGUUUUACAUGGAGAUCUUAAAACUGUGGUACUAGAGACAAUUCAAAUAGAGGGUAAUCAUACAGCUCAGCAUAUUAAGGAGCAUAUUGAGAAAGUUAUUGAAAAAUGGCAUCUGAAAGAUAAAGUACAAUGCAUCGUUACUGACAAUGCUCAAAAUAUGAUUAAUGCUUGUAAUCUGCUUAAAAUAAGACAUUUACCUUGCUUUGCUCACACUUUAAAUCUAACAGUAAAUGAUGGGUUAGCUACACAAGAAAAUAAAACUGAUAUCGAAUUUCUUUUACAGAAAUGUAGACAAAUUGUGAGAUAUUUUAAAAAAAGUACUGUUGCAAUGGAUAAAUUACGAGAAGAGCAAUACAGAAGAAAUUUGAAAGAAUUAAAACCAUUGCAAGAGGUUGCAACAAGGUGGAAUAGCGUUCUAUACAUGAUUAAACGACUGAUUGUUUUAAACACAGAAGACUGUUUAAUUGUAACUCUGUCGAAAUUGCCUAAAGCGCCAGAAUUACUAAACUUUAAUGACUUUAUUGAGUUAAAUGAAAUGGUAAAGGUGCUUCAACUUUUUGAGACUGCGAAAAAUCAAAUUUCUGGACAGAAAUAUGUAACGGUAUCGCUAAUUAUCCCUUUGGUGGUAGGACUACAUAAUAAUUUAACUGAAAUAGAGCAUUCACUUACCAGUGAUAUUGGGAAACAACUAUGUACAAAAUUAAAAUUAUCUAUGAUAAAACGACUCUUUAUAUAUGAACAAAGAACUAUUCCUAAAGUUGCGACAUUAUUAGAUCCAAGAUUAAAGAAAUAUGCAUUUCGUAAUAUAGAAAAUGCGAAUAGUGCUCAACAAAUUGUUCAACAAGAAGUGGCUCAACUAGUCAGAAAAGAAAAACAAUUGCAUUUGGAAAGUGAACCAUCUACUUCUCAGACAUUGUCAGUAUUGUCACCUUUAUCAGCUUCAUCAAUAUCGAGUGAGCCAAUGUCAACUAAAGCAACGACAAAUGUUGGAUUGAUGGAUUUUUUAUCCCAGCGCAUUUCUCAAGUAACAAAUACCUCAAAUGCGAUGGCAGACAGUAUUGUAACAACUCGUCAAUAUUUGGAAUUGCCCAUGCUUGCACUGAAAAUCCGAUUUCGUAUUGGAUAA